UAUUUUUUUUUUCCAGAGAGGAAGAAAGCGCCAUUGGAUCCGGGGGAACCCGACCCAUCGAGAAUCGCCUGAACUGGGGGCAAGCAACUGAUCGUUGGGAGGCAUAGCUCGCCACUGUAGAAACGAGCCCUCCACCGGUUCUUCUUCGGUCGUCAAUUCUCUCUCUAGGGCUAGGGGAAUCUUAUCGGGGAAAUUGUCGACGACGCGAAUUGCCGAGCAGACUCUCUCCCCCCUUCUCCACCACUGGCGUUGGCUGGUGUUCGCCGUCGGAAUCAUUGUUGACUCGUUGUCACGGGCAUGGACGGUUAUGAUUCCGCGGACGGGAGGGACGAAGAUGAUGAGGAAGAGUAUGAGGAGGGUGGUGGAGCUAAUCGGUUUUUGGGCUUUCUCUUUGGGAAUGUUGACAACUCCGGGGAUCUGGAUGUUGAUUACCUUGACGAGGAUGCAAAGGAGCACCUUGAUGCACUUGCGGACCAAUUAGGUCCCUCAUUGACAGGAAUAAAUUUGUCACUGAAAUCCUCAAAAACAUCUACUGAUGCUGCAGAUUAUAAUGACAAGGCUGAAGAUGCGGUGGAUUAUGAAGAUAUCGAUGAGGAUUAUGACGGACCAGAAAUUCAAGAUGCUGGCGAGGAGGAAUACUUAUUGCCAAGGAAGGAAUACUUGGCUGCUGAAGUUUCUCUUUCUGAAUUGCGGCCAUCAGCUUCACUCUUUGAUGACGAAGAUUAUGAUGAAGAGGAGGAAGAUAAAGAUGAAAAGGAACCUGUCAGGAUGGAAGAUAGACCUGAAGUUGCGCCUUCAUUGACAGGUCCUAAGUUGACAGUGGUUCCAGAAGGAGAACAAUCACGCCAAGAUGUCACACAACCUAGUACCGAGGAUGAUGAAACUUCAAAUUCUGAGUUAAUAGAUCCACACAAGGUGGAAGUAGAAGACCAACAGGAGCCUGAUACUAAGGAGUCCACACCACUACCUAUUCUCUGUGUAGAAGAUGGGAUGGUGAUAUUGAAGUUCUCUGAAAUAUUUGGUAAUUAUGAACCUUUGAAGAAGGUGCCUAAAAGAGAGCAUAGAUAUGCUAUCCGCAGAGACAAUUAUGGAUCAAUGGAUGUGUCAGAUAUUGUUGAAGAUGACGAAGAGGCCUUUUUGAGAGGCUCAAAUCAAACAACCUUAUCAUGUCCGCACGAUGUAUCAACUUGUUACGAUGAAGAGUUGGAAUUAUCAGAUGGUGAAGGAGCUUUUCAGAUGUCUGCUCCAGAUAAUGAACCAGGAAAACACAUAUAUCUUAGUGGAGAACCACUGAGCGAAUAUUUGACAGCUAAUCUAUCUGCUGGAUGGCAAUCACAAUUUUCUUCAAAAUUCUAUCCUCUCGAUCAGUAUGAUUGGGAAGAUAGAAUUUUGUGGGAUGACUCCCCUGUUGGAAGUAAAAGUAGCUUAGAGUCUUAUGAUAUGCCUAUGCACGAUUCAGAUGCAGAUGAAGAUGAAAGUGUCGAGCUUAAAAACUUGCAACCAGAGAACUCGCUGCAAUUGGAUGACAAAGGACAUUAUAUUCCCUCACACAUGCCACAUGUUCUCUUGGAGUCAUUUAGAUCUGAAGAAAGCAUGGAGACUAUCAGCUCAAUUGCAGGUGGAAUAUGUCAUCCCCAACUUUUGAGGUUAGAGUCUCGACUGGGUGUGGAUAAAGUUAGUGAUGUCGAUAGGAAAAAGGAGCACUAUGAGUCGGAGCUUCACCAAAAUGAUGCUCUAACGCGUUUCAGUGAACUCUCGUUGCAUAAUAAGGAUAUCCUUGAGGGCUCUUGGUUGGAUGAUAUAAUAUGGGAGCAGCCUAAUCCUAAUGCGAAAUCUAAGUUAAUUCUAGACCUUCGAGAUGACAAGAUGGUUUUUGAAAUUUUUGAUGAUAAAGAGGGCAAGAAUCUGCAGCUGCAUGCAGGGGCAAUGAUUAUAAGUCGGUCUUCGAAGUCUAGAGGCUGUUCAGAGCUUUUGCAUCAGGGAUACCAGUCUUGUUGGCAAUUCAAUAUUUCCAAUGACAAGUUCUACACUAACAAGAAGAUUUCUCAACAGCUGCAAUCAAAUGCUAGUAAAAGAACUGCUUAUGGCAUCAAAGUUCAUCAUUCAGCACCAGCAAUCAAAUUGCAAACGAUGAAAUUGAAGCUAAGCAAUAAAGACCUGUCUAAUUUUCAUCGCCCAAAAUCUCUGUGGUUUCCCCAUGACAAUGAGGUGGCUGUUAAACAACAAGGAAAGCUGGCUACAACCGGUCAAAUGAAAGUCAUUUUAAAGAGCUUAGGAGGCAAGGGAAGUAAACUUAAUGUGGAUGCCGAGGAAAUUGUGUCUUCUGUUAAGUCAAAGGCUUCAAAAAAGCUAGAUUUCAAGCCACCAGAGAAAGUGAAGAUGUUCUAUUCAGGGAAAGAACUUGAAGAUGAUAAACCUCUUGCAGCUCAAAAUGUUAGACCAAACUCUUUGCUUCAUCUUGUUCGUACCAAGAUUCAUUUGCUUCCUAAGGCACAACGGAUUCCUGGUGAAAACAAGUCUCUACGUCCUCCUGGGGCAUUUAAGAAGAAGUCUGACCUUUCUGUAAAAGAUGGUCAUGUCUUUUUGAUGGAAUAUUGUGAGGAAAGACCUUUGUUGCUAAGCAAUUCUGGGAUGGGGGCGAACGUGUGCACUUAUUACCAAAAGGCUAGCCCUACUGACCAAAAUGGCUCAUCAUUGCGCAACAGAGGUGACUGUUGGGGAAAUGUAGUUACACUUGACCCUAAUGAUAAAUCCCCUUUUCUUGGGGAUAUAAAACCUGGGUGCAGCCAGUCGUCUCUUGAAACAAACAUGUACAAAGCACCAAUAUUUCCCCACAAAGUGUCAUCCACGGACUAUCUGUUGGUUCGAUCUGCCAAAGGAAAGUUAUCAUUAAGGCGUAUUGACAGAGUUGCUGCUGUUGGACAGCAGGAACCCAUUAUGGAGGUCUUCUCUCCUGGAUCUAAAAAUCUUCAAGCAUACACUUUAAACAGGUUACUGGUGUAUGUUUAUCGGGAGUUCCGGGCUGCUGAAAAGCGCGGCAUGGUUCCCUGGAUCCGUGUAGAUGAGCUGACAACUCAGUUUCCGGGCAUUGCUGAUACAAUCGUAAGAAAGAAGUUGAAGGAAUGUGCUCUGCAACGGAGGGAUCCACAUGGAGAUUGGUAUUGGUACAAGAAAAAGGAUUUCAGCAUACCAUCUGAAGAAGACUUGAAAAAGUUAGUGAUACCUGAGAAUGUCUGCGCAUAUGAGAGUAUGCAAGCUGGUCUUUACCGUCUCAAACACUUGGGGAUCACCAGGCUAACACUUCCUACUAGUGUUUCCACUGCAAUGAGUCAGCUGCCUGAUGAAGCAAUAGCCUUGGCUGCUGCAUCACAUAUUGAAAGAGAGUUGCAAAUUACUCCUUGGAGCCUAAGUAGCAAUUUCGUUGCCUGUACAAACCAGGACAGAGACAAUAUUGAGCGGCUUGAAAUUACGGGUGUUGGUGAUCCAUCCGGACGGGGCUUGGGAUUCAGCUAUGUUCGUUCCAUUCCAAAGGGAUCAGUUUCGAACGCUACGGCCAAGAAAAAAGCAGCUGCUCGUGGAGGUACGACUGUUACUGGAACGGAUGCAGACCUCCGUAGAUUAAGCAUGGAGGCUGCACGAGAGGUUCUUCUUAAAUUUGGUGUUCCUGAGGAACAGAUUACAAAACUAACUAGGUGGCAUCGCAUUGCUAUGAUACGCAAGCUUUCUAGUGACCAAGCCGAAUCCGGUGUGAAAGUUGAUCCAACAACAAUCAGCAAGUAUGCACGUGGCCAGCGGAUGUCCUUUCUUCAGUUACAGCAGCAAACAAGAGAAAAAUGCCAAGAAAUUUGGGACCGUCAAGUUCAGUCUCUUUCAGCAGUGGAUGGUGAUGAAAAUGACAGUGAUUCUGAGGCAAAUAGUGAUCUAGAUUCCUUCGCCGGAGACUUGGAGAACUUACUCGAUGCGGAGGAGUGUGAAGGUGAUGAGAGUAACUGUGAGUCCAAACGUGAGAAAGGAGAUGGUGUUAAGGGUGGUCUGAAAAUGAGAAGAUACCCUUCACAAACUCAAGCUGAAGAGGAAAAUGAAGAUGAAGCUGCAGAGGCUGCUGAACUUUGCAGGCUGCUCAUGGAUGAUGGCGAGGCUGAGCAGAAGAAGAAGAAGCAGACAAAAAGUGUUGUGUCAGAAGGAACAUUACCAUCAAGCUCGAAAUUGAAUUUUGUUGAAAAUGUCGAACAGCUCAAUAAAGCAACGAAGCUGCUACCUAACGGGUUGCAGAUCCUUAAAGAGAAGAAGGCUGGGGAAACAAAGGAGGCGGACAAGUUUUUUGGCAAAAAGAAAGUACUUGACAAGGGGAAGGGGAAGCUGAUGAUUAAUGAUACUCCUCCCAUGCCUCAGUUGAAAACUAAAGUUAUAAUGGCAGAUGUACUCAAGGAUUUCAAGGAGAAGAAGUCAUCGAGAGAGAAAUUUGUCUGUGGAGCAUGUGGUCAGAAUGGACACAUGAGGACAAAUAAAAUGUGUCCAAAGUACGGUGAAGAGCCAGAAACACCAGCUGAGUCGGCAGAUGUGGAGAGAGGUUCGGGGAAAUCCAGUUUCCUCGAUCCUUUGAACAGGUCUCAACAACACAAGAAUAAGAAGAAAAAGCUGUCUCAAAAAAGUUUAACAAUAAACGACAAUGAAAAAUCUAACAGCAACGUGAAGGCUAAUCAGCUCCCAUCAAAGUUCAAAUGUGGGUCGAGUGAGGUACCUUUUGAGAAAUCUGGCGACUUGGAAGCUGCUGCUCAGAGCUCUGAUCAAUACUAUAUCAACUCCAGUGCUCUGCCUGCCAGUUCGGAUACCGAUACUGGGGGGAAAUCCAUCAGUAAAGUCAACAAGAUCAAAAUCGCCAGCAAGGGAAGAUCUGAGAGUGGUGCACCGGUUGUUGAAAUGCAAAGGCCGUUUGUGAUGCAGCAGCAGCAUCCUCCACCAGAUGCAGAUAGAGGAUUGAAAGAGUCUGUUCGGCCACCUAUUACCAUCAAGCCACCAGUAAAUGUGGAAAGAGACCAUGCCGAGAGUAGACAGAAAACUAUUCUCAUUCGCCCCCCUGCAGAGAGAGAAAAAGAACAGUCUCAUAAGAAAGUGGUCUUCAGACAACCCAGAGAGGUUGUGGACCUGGAUCGAUUGAGUCAGGACGGAAGCAGCACUGGUUUUGAGUAUCACCAGAAGACUAAGAAAAUGGUCGAGCUAUCAAGUUUUGAGAAGCAGCAUCAUAGGAAGCUGGACACACUACAUUUUACAGGAGGAUCAUCAUCAGGAGCAAAAAAGAAGAAAGCGAAAGAAGAGGCGGCAGCAGUAGCAGCAGCAAGAUUUUGGGAAGAAGAUCAGAAGAGGAGAAAUGUUGAGAGGUUGAGGGAAGAGAGAGCAAGAAUGCAGGCUGCAGCAGCAGCGGCGGAGGAGAUGAGAAGGUUUAAAGAACGAGAAGGGUUGAUCAGGCUAAGAGAGUAUGAAGAAGCCAUGAGAAGAGCGAGGCAAGAAGAAGAAGAAGAGGAGCGUCAAAGAGCCAAGAAGAAAAAAAAGAGGAAGAAGGAAACGCCUGAAAUUAGCGAUGACUACAUGGAAGAUUACAAGGCUAGGAGACACGAUAAAAGAAUUCCAGAAAGAGACAGCAGGGGAACAAAAAGGCAACCUGUUGGUGACUUGGGCAAGUACAGUGCUAAGUAUGCCCCGCCCACUAAACGUCGAAGAGGUGGAGAGGUUCUCCUGUCAAAUAUCUUGGAGGAAAUUGUAGACGCACUCAGAGACAGGCGUGAAGUGUCGUAUCUUUUCCUAAAACCAGUAUCUAAGAAGGAAGCUCCAGAUUACUUGAAGAUCAUAGAGCGGCCGAUGGAUCUUGCGACGAUCAAGGAAAAGGUGAGGAAGAUGGAGUACAAGAACAGAGAGGAAUUCAGACACGAUGUGUUUCAGAUCACGUUAAAUGCCCACAAAUACAACGACAGGCGGAACCCUGGUAUCCCACCUCUGGCUGAUCAGCUUCUAGAACUCUGCGACUUCUUGUUAGAAGAGAAUGCGGGCGAGUUAGCUGAUGCUGAAGCUGGGGUGGGAAUCUAGAUGAAGAACCAGACAUUUGUCGUUAGGAACAGGAUGCAGAAGAAAGCUUUUGCAUUGGAAACUCUUGUUCGGGAUGAAGGCUGUUAUCAUGUCUUUAGUAGAUCAGUCUCCUAGGGCUUUUAGCUUGCUGCUUCUGGAGAGAUGGCGACUGAUUGCUUGUUCGCCAUUGGUGUGUAAAAUAUUAACUAGUUGUAUUUCAUGUGUACCUCACUUCUGUAAGAUAUAUGCGCCCAACUUAUUGUACAAAAGAUCUGAUUAUUUUCCAUUUCAGUCAAAACAUCUAAGUUGGAAAGAGGAAAGGAAGAGGAAAUAUCUAGCAUGUAUAUAGGUGGUCAACCGUUAGUCGGUUAUCGGACUUAAAAGAUAAUCGAAUUGAUAACAA